AGCGACCACCACUAGUUGCGUGCCGUGCAAUGACGGGGAGCAGCUGUUGCCUCUGAACUGCUAAUUGGAAAACCAAACAGAUCCGCAUCCGCGCUCACACACACACACACACUCCAAAAUUAUAGGCGUUCGCGAAAUUUUGAGUUUCGUGUGAAGUUGGCCAAGUUGAAAAGCGAGCGACGGCGGGCAGCACACAACACAAAUCGGUCCGUUAUCAAUCGAAAUCUAGCUUUAAAGUUUUGUAACGCAAUCGGGCAUUCGGAGUGAAAGAGACAUCCUUCCCCCCCAUACGGACGGAGUGGGCGUGAGAGAGAGAGAAAGAGCGACUAAAUUCAAAAUCCCAUUUGAGUUUUUUUUUCCCAUUUCUCGGAUAUUUUUUGUUGUUUUCCUGUGAGGGCGCAGAGCGGAGAUUUAUGUGGAGCUUGGGGGCCGAACGGGAAGUGCUGAUGCGAGGAUGAUGGCGGCGAGUGAUGCGGAGAAGAUGUCCAGCACGGUGCGCCUGCCCAUUGUGGGCAUGACAUGCCAGUCGUGUGUCCGCAAUAUCCAGGACCACAUCGGCCAGAAGAAGGGAGUGCUGAACGCCCGGGUGGUGCUCGAGGAGGCGGCCGGUUACUUCGAUUACGAUCCCCGGGAUACGGAUCCCGUACAGAUAGCCAGCGAUAUCGAUGACAUGGGCUUCGAGUGCAGCUAUCCAGGAGAAGAUGGCGGCGGCAGCGCAGCAGGAGCCUGGACCAACAUCCGGGUGGUGGGCAUGACCUGUCAGUCGUGUGUGCGCAACAUCGAGGGCAACAUCGGCACUAAGCCGGGCAUCCUGCACAUCGAGGUCCAGCUGGCUGCCAAGAAUGCCCGCGUCCAGUACGAUCCCGCCCAGCUGACGCCCGACCAGAUAGCCGAGCUGAUCGAUGACAUGGGCUUCGAGGCGACCGCCAACCCCAGUGACAGCACGCCCGCGUCAUCGCCCCGCAAAAGUCCAGCGCCCGCUCCCCCAUCGCCUGCCCCGCCCGCAGCCCUGCAGAAUGGCACCGCCGUCGCCAUACCCGUGGAGCAGGAGCUGCUGACCAAGUGCUUCCUGCACAUUCGCGGCAUGACCUGCGCCAGCUGUGUGGCCGCCAUCGAGAAGCACUGCAAGAAGAUCUACGGCCUGGACAGCAUUCUGGUGGCCCUGUUGGCCGCCAAGGCGGAGGUCAAGUUCAAUGCCAAUGUCCUCACAGCGGAGAACAUCGCCAAGUCCAUCACGGAGCUGGGCUUCCCCACCGAGAUCAUCGACGAGCCGGACAACGGCGAGGCCGAGGUGGAGCUGGAGAUCGGCGGCAUGACCUGCGCCUCCUGCGUCAACAAGAUCGAGAGCCAUGUGCUGAAGCUGAGGGGCGUGACCGCGGCCUCAGUCACGCUGCUGACCAAGCGGGGUAAAUUCCGCUACAACACGGAGGACACUGGACCCCGGAGCAUAUGUGAGGCGAUCGAGGGGCUGGGCUUCGAGGCGAAGCUGAUGACGGGACGCGACAAGAUGGCCCACAACUACCUGGAGCACAAGGAGGAGAUCCGCAAGUGGCGCAACGCCUUCCUCGUCUCGCUGGUCUUCGGAGGACCCUGCAUGGUGGCCAUGAUCUACUUCAUGCUGGAGAUGAGCGACAAGGGGCACGCGAACAUGUGCUGUUUGGUGCCGGGCCUGUCCAUGGAGAACCUGGUGAUGUUCCUCCUGUCCACGCCGGUGCAGUUCUUCGGCGGCUUCCACUUCUACGUACAGUCGUACCGGGCCAUUAAGCACGGCACCACCAACAUGGACGUCCUCAUCUCGAUGGUCACCACCAUCUCGUACGUGUACUCCGUGGCGGUGGUGAUCGCGGCCAUUCUGCUGGAGCAGAACAGUUCCCCGCUGACCUUCUUCGACACCCCGCCCAUGCUGCUGAUCUUCAUCUCGCUGGGCCGCUGGCUGGAGCACAUUGCCAAAGGCAAGACCUCCGAGGCGCUCUCGAAGCUGCUCUCCCUGAAGGCGGCCGACGCCCUGCUGGUGGAGAUCUCCCCGGACUUUGACAUCAUCAGCGAAAAGACCAUAUCCGUGGACUACGUUCAGCGCGGGGACAUCCUGAAGGUGAUACCGGGCGCCAAGGUCCCUGUGGAUGGCAAGGUUCUCUACGGCCACUCCAGUUGCGACGAGUCCCUGAUCACGGGCGAGUCCAUGCCGGUGGCGAAGCGCAAGGGCGCCGUGGUGAUUGGCGGUUCCAUCAACCAGAACGGUGUGCUCCUGGUGGAGGCUACGCACACGGGCGAGAACACGACGCUGGCGCAGAUCGUCCGUCUCGUGGAGGAGGCCCAGACCAGCAAGGCGCCCAUCCAGCAACUGGCCGACCGCAUCGCCGGCUACUUCGUGCCCUUCGUGGUCCUCGUCUCCAGCAUCACCCUCAUUGGUUGGAUCAUUGUUGGCUUCUCCAACCCGGACCUGGUGCCCGUGGCCAUGGAGCACAAGAUGCACAUGGACCAGAACACCAUCAUCGUCAGCUACGCCUUCAAGUGUGCUCUCAGCGUGCUGGCCAUCGCCUGUCCCUGCGCCCUGGGCCUGGCCACGCCCACCGCCGUCAUGGUGGCCACUGGCACUGGAGCCAUCAACGGAGUGCUGGUGAAAGGAGCCACUGCUCUGGAAAAUGCCCACAAGGUCAAGACCGUGGUCUUCGACAAGACGGGCACCAUCACCCACGGCACUCCGAUGACCAGCAAGGUUACCCUCUUCGUCUCCGCCCAGGUCUGCAGCCUGGCACGGGCCCUGACCAUCGUGGGAGCUGCGGAGCAGAACAGUGAGCACCCGAUCGCCUCGGCCAUCGUCCACUUCGCCAAGGAGAUGCUCAAUGUGGAGGGCAACGGGGCGCCCCAGACGGUGAGCUUCGGCAAGAGCAGUCACUUCCAGGCGGUGCCCGGCUGCGGCAUCCGCGUCACCGUCUCCAACUACGAACACACGCUCCGGCAGGCCUGCAACGCCGAGCGGAUCAUCAACUACGAGAACCUGCACCGCACCCACCCCCAGGGCUCCGUUUCGGUGGUCGGCAAUGGGGCCACCAUCGAGCACCUGCUGCCCCAGCGUAACGUCCGCAAGUCAAUGGAACUGACGCAGCAGCAGCUGCUCUCCGACCUGGAUCUGGAGCAGGACCUGGUACAGGUCGCGGACCAGAAGAACAUCAUCGACGGCCCGGAGAUUUUGGUGCUGAUCGGCAACCGGGAGUGGAUGCAGCGCAACGGCAUUGAGGUGCCGCUCGAGAUCAGCGACUGUAUGACGCACGAGGAGCGCAAGGGACACACGGCGGUGCUGUGCGCCCUCAACGGCCAGCUGGUGUGCAUGUUCGCCGUCUCCGACAUGGUCAAGCCGGAGGCCCACCUGGCCGUGUACACCCUGAAGAAGAUGGGCAUCGAUGUGGUCCUGCUGACGGGCGACAACAAGAACACUGCCGCCAGCAUAGCAAGAGAGGUUGGCAUCCGAACCGUGUACGCGGAGGUGCUGCCCUCCCACAAGGUGGCCAAGAUCCAGCGCAUCCAGCAGAACGGCAUCCGGGUGGCCAUGGUGGGUGACGGCGUGAACGACAGUCCCGCCUUGGCCCAGGCCGACGUGGGCAUCACCAUAGCCGCCGGCACGGACGUGGCCGCCGAGGCGUCGGACAUCGUCCUGAUGCGGAACGACCUGCUGGAUGUGGUGGCCUGUCUGGAUCUGUCCCGCUGCACGGUGCGCCGCAUCCGCUACAACUUCUUCUUCGCCAGCAUGUACAACCUGCUGGGCAUUCCGCUGGCCAGUGGCCUGUUCGCCCCCUACGGCUUCACUCUGCUGCCGUGGAUGGCCUCCGUGGCGAUGGCGGCCAGUUCCGUGAGCGUGGUCUGCUCCUCGCUGCUGCUGAAGAUGUACCGGAAGCCGACAGCAAAGACGCUCCGGACGCCGGAGUACGAGGCGCAACUGGCGGCCGAGCGGGCCCGGGGCUCCGAAACGGAACUGGACAAGCUGUCGCUGCACCGCGGCCUGGACGACCUGCCCGAGAAGGGCGGCAACAUCGGCGGCAGCCGGAUGGCCUUCAAACGGUCCACCAACUCGCUCAUCUCGCGCAUCUUCAUGCACGGCAACGGCGGCGUCGCAUCGCUGGACGGCAAGCACGAGGAGGGCCUGCUCGAUCCCGAGGAGCAGUACGACGGCCGGACGAAGAUUGUGCGGAGUCGCUACCACCCCAGCGACAGCACAGAGCUGCAGAAGCUCUAAAUGGACCUUAAGACGACAAAAUUUCAGUGAAAUUGUUCAAUUCUAAGCGGGCAUUAAAACUGAACUUGAAACCCAAAGCUUAUGGAGCCAGAUAGAAAGAGAUAGAGAGAGAGAGUUAUAGUAUGCAUAUGUACAAACAAAUAUAUAUAUAUAUAUAUAUACAGCUAUAUAUAUGUUAGGUCUAGGGGGGGAAAUCGUGUGCAAGGUCGGAGUGCAAUCCUACGGACCAGCUAGAUUAUAUUCCUAGUACGUGUAUAUAUGAUUGCUCAAACGAAGAACCCAUAGUUAAGACUAUCAGCGUCUAAGAUUCUGACCUGUAUUGCUUUAUCCUUUUCCCUUUUAUGAGCCCCCCCACCCGUCCCCUGAACACCUCACCCUCUAUAACUUUUAAGAGUUUUUUUUUUUUUUGGUUUUUUAUACGAGAUAGUUCAGAGCUCUACUGCUAGUAGCUAAUAUUAAGUUUGAAGAACAAAGUGGAGAGAUGAGAAGCAUCAAGCAUCAUGGAAUUAUUGUUAUUGUUAAACUGCAUUAUUAUUCAUUACUGUAGGCCUUAAAAACCCCAUCAAAAAGACGAAAAUCGAACAAGCAUUGACCCUCCAAGUCCCUGAAUCCCCCAAGAUAAUCGGCUCUGAUCCUUAAACGCGCCACCAUAGGAGGAUGUACUUUUGUAAGACAACCGGGCACAAUUUGAAAACCAAUAAAAAUAUUUAAAAAUGAGAAAAACGAUUAAAACACAUUCUUUAUAUGUAACUUUAAUGUUUAUAAACAGCAGAGCAUUGUUAUUGUAAAUAAAAAUAAAAACGAAGAUGAAAACGAGAGGAGUGCGGUGCCCCAUACCGGCUGAAACAAAAUAAAUGGUCUGGUUUUUCAUUUAUAAA